CCUCAGUUGAUAAUUGACUUGCGACUCGGCCAGUCGUGAACUCUCAAUCCGGAGGCAAACAAACAUGAUGGCGCAUUUGAGAAAUCUUUCGAGGCUCGCCACGCCCCGCCGACUGAUCACCCAAGCCGCUUCGAGCCGCUCAUCUUCCACAUCCUUUCUGAUUGACCAACCCGAGUAUAGUUUUCUCAAGGAAUUGGGCUUGGAGCGGGAUAAUCCUGGUGUUUAUUCCGGUCAUUGGCAGGGGCGUGGACCGUCCAUAACGAGUUAUGAUCCUGGUACCGGUCAAGCGAUCGCCACAGUACGUCAGGGAAAUGUCCAGGAGCUGGAGCAGACAAUCGGUUUGGCUGUCGAUGCGUACAAGCAAUGGCGACAGGUGCCAGCUCCUGUUCGAGGUGAGAUCGUCCGCCAGAUCGGUGAUGAGCUCAGAAAGUACAAGGAACCGCUGGGCAAACUCGUCUCCCUGGAGGUGGGAAAAAUAUACAGCGAGGGACAGGGUGAGGUACAGGAGUUUAUAGACAUCUGCGACUACGCGGUGGGUCUCUCCCGGAUCUAUGCCGGUCAGCUGAUUAACUCCGAGCGAGAUCACUCAAUUUUGGAGGCCUGGCGUCCCCUGGUGGUGGGCGUUAUUUCGGCCUACAAUUUCCCAAAUGCUGUGUUCGGCUGGAAUGCUGCGAUAGCUCUUACCACUGGCAACAGUGUCCUCUGGAAGGGAGCUCCCAGCACGCCCUUAGUUUCGGUGGCAACCACGAAAAUUGUGGCGGAAGUGCUGCGCAGAAAUAACCUCCCUCCGGUGGUUACUCUCUGCCAAGGAGGUACCGAUGUGGGCCAGACUCUGGUGGCUGACAAGCGAGUUAACCUCGUCUCCUUUACGGGCAGCUGCCAAACUGGUCGUGAUGUUGGCGUGGAAGUCCAAAAGCGAUUCGGUAUAAUCCUUGAGCUCGGAGGCAAUAACGCCUUGAUCAUUGAUGAAUCAGCCAACGUGAAGAUGGCCCUGGAUGCUGCACUCUUCGGUUGCAUUGGCACCAGCGGUCAGAGAUGUACCACCACCAGAAGGAUCAUUGUUCACGAGAAGCUGCACGAUCAGUUUGUGAAGGCUUUGGUUGGCAAAUAUAAACAGUUAAUACCCAAAAUCGGACAUCAGUUGGACGCACAAACUCUUGUGGGUCCCGUCCACACCCAACAAAAUGUGGAGAAUUACACGAAGGCUAUUGAGGAGGCCAAGUCCUUAGGUGGCACAGUAGCCUUUGGUGCCAAUGUUAUCCAAAGAGCCGGUCAUUAUGUAGAACCCACUGUGAUCACAGGACUCAGUCAUGAUGCCAGUGUUGUUCAUCGUGAAACCUUUGCGCCCAUCGUUUACGUCCUCAAGGCCAAGAGCGUAGACCAAGCCAUCGAGUACAACAACGAGGUGGAGCAGGGUCUCUCCUCUGCCAUUUUCACUGAGAACAUUGGACAGGCUUUCAAGUGGAUCGGAGCCAGCGGUUCCGAUUGCGGCAUUGUCAACAUCAACACCACCACCAAUGGAGCUGAAAUUGGCGGAGCCUUUGGAGGUGAAAAGGCCACUGGAGGAGGUCGAGAGUCCGGAUCAGAUGCCUGGAAACAGUACUGCAAGCGGGCCACCAUCACCGUCAAUCAUUCCGGCGAACUGGCCUGCGCCCAGGGAGUCGUCUUCAAUGUGGAGUAAAAGGGAAAUUUAAUCAUUUUUAAUCUUCCUAUUUUCUUUAAUUUUAAAUAUACAAUAAUAAUGUCCAUA